AUGAAUUAAAAAUUUACAAAAGAGUAAUAGUUAUUAGUUGAUGAAAUCAUUAACAAAGGUUAUAAUCAAGAUGAUUUUCAAGAAUUUGUUUUACUUAAUGAACCUAAUAGAGGUUCAUAUCAUUUUUAUUCUUUAGGUUAAGAUUUAACUUAAUGGACCUAUAAAGAAUUAUUAAGAAUCAUUCAUUAUAUCAAUAAAAAAGUAUAAAUAUAUAAUUAUUAUAUAGAAAAAGAAAAAUAAUCAAAUUCAUAUUAAUUAAUUGAACUUGAUUCUCCAGACAUUUCUAAUCAAAUUUAAAUUAUUGAUAGAGAUACUUUUGUCAAAAAAUAAACCUAAGAAUCAAUAAAAAUUGUAUAUUAUAUUUAUAAUCUAUCAUUAGACUGAUAAAAUAUCAAUAAUUCCAUAUGAAAAAACUAUUACUUGUAAAUAAAUGUAUUUUUUUAUUGAUGAAAAUAUUGAACUCUAAUUUGAUAUCAGUCCGUAUUUUAUUCUAAUAACAAUUAAGUCCCAUUUAAGAAGGAGGUGGUAUUCUAGAUUUCUUUUCAAAAACUAUUGUAUUUCCAAUUCAAAUUCUCCCUAUGGAAUGGAAAAUAAAAAGAACUCUUCAAGAUUUUAUUUAAAUCAGAAACAUACUCUCAGCUGCUUUUCCUGAAUAUAUUGUAUAUUAUUAUAUCAUUUAGAUUCCUUCCUUUCCUUACAAUGAUAUCAAUGACUAUGAUAUAAUCAUGAAAGAAUAAUAAAAUAUUAUCAAAGUCUUAAAUGUAAAAUACUCUUUUUAUUAUCCAGGCAUUCCUAUAAAUUUAUAAUAAAAAACCAAUUGUUAGAACAGUAUUUUCUAGUUUACUUUUUUUAAAUGAAGAUAAUUCAAAAUAAUUUUAAUAGAAAUUUUAUAAGGAACUAAUUCUCUAAAAAUAAUUUAAUUUAAAUUAAAAAUAAUCUAAAACUGGUACUCUCUCUUUUUCAUUUAAUUAAAUUCAAUAUUAAAAAUAUAAAGAUUAUUAAGUUUAUUUAAAUGGAGAAUAAGGAAAUUAUGAAAUUAUUCAAAAAUAUUUAGAAUAAUUUGCUGAAUUUACAUAUAAAGGUUAAUAAAGUUUAGGUUAUUCAAUAGAAAUGAUUUAACAAUUAUGCAAUUCACUUCCAUCAUAUACUGAAGCUUAAGAAUUUGGAAAAGCAUUAUGUAUGAUUAAAUCUUAUUUUGUAAUUUGAAUCCACUAUUUAGUUAGCAAACUUAAAAAGACUUUGUUUUAAGAUCAACAAAAUAAAUCAUGGAUGUCUUAUUAAUAACUUUAGUUAAAUUUAAGAAUUCAAGAUAAUAAUUAACUGAAUUGAAAACUAAUUUAUUUGAAACAUUCUAAAAUUUCUCAAAUGAAUUUAAUCUCUUAGAAAAAAGAAAGGAAGAAUUGUUUUUAAAUAGUAAAUUUAAUUUUUAUUUGUUAUUUAGAAGAUCUAUAGAAAUGGGGUUUGAAUUAAGAAUAAUUUUUAUAGAUUGAUUUAAAUAAAUGUUUUACUGAUCUUAAAUAUGCAAAAGAAAUUAUGUUACCAAAAGAUACAUAUUAAGUAGAUGAAAAAAGAGAUUAAUAUGUUUAUAUGUUAAAUAAAUUUAAUGAAUAAUAUGAAUAAUAAUUCUUAAUAGAAACUGAUAAACUACUUAAUGAAAUAAAAUAUUAUUUAGAUAAUAUGAGAUAUUACACUAACAAUUAAGUAAUAUAUUAAUUUUAACAAAUAGCUUCAAAAUUGGGAUUUCUUAAUUCAAGAAUAUGAAGAAUAUAAAUUAUCCUAUUAAAAACAAAUAACUGUAAAAUGA